GUUCGAUUCGCACGUCUUCUUCAGCAUUCAGUCAGCAGUCAGUUCAGUCAGGUUUCGGUCUUUUUCUUCGUUGCGUCGAGCAAGAGAAAAAAGGAAUCUUCUUCAAAAGUGAAGUAAAAUCAUUUCGGUUCGGUGUGCUUCAUAAAAGCAGUGAAUGUUGUUACUUGUAAUCGGAUUUCUGGUGUAUUAAGAGUCGUGUAUAAAGGAAAAAAAGAUAAGGUGGAUUUUUUUUUAUUUUGGAAGAGUCAGGUUCUAGAGGUUUUUCAUGGAUUAGGUGUAGAUUUUCGAAGGAUGAUGAGAAUUAUUUUCGUAGAUAAAAAAGUGAUUUUUGGUGCAAAGUAUAACUAAGUGGUUAAUGAAGUGAGUUAUAUUAUUCUUUACCAUUCGCUGCUUUUCCUAGUAAAGCGAAACGGGAGACAGAUUUGCUGAAAAAAUCGAAGUGAAAAUCGGCGAAUACCUGGCAACAACAGGAAAAGUAGCUUGAUCCAGUAGCCAAAAUGGGGAAAACUAAAAUCCAGUGCAGCAAAUGUCAGAAAAAAUGCUCCGGCGAGGUGUUGCGUGUUACCGACCGAUAUUUCCACAAGACGUGCUUCCAGUGUAUGAAAUGUAACAAAUCGCUGGCGACUGGCGGCUUUUUCUCGAAGGAUGGCGCCUACUAUUGUACCCUGGAUUACCAGAAACUGUACGGUACGAAGUGUUCCGCCUGUGGUUUGUAUGUGGAGGGUGAAGUGGUGUCCACCAUGGGUAACACAUACCAUCAGAAGUGCUUCACGUGCAGCAAGUGCAAACAAGCGUUCCAAUCUGGCAGCAAGGUCACCAACACCGGCAAAGAAGUACUUUGCGAGAGCUGUGUCAAUGGGCCCACCUCGGCGACGGUAACAACGGCUGCUCCCCGCUCGUCCUCGGCCACGACCUCGCCAAAGAGACAGAUUGAACAGAAGCAGGAACAGCAGACGAUCAAAGAAAUUAUUUCCAGUCCGAGCAGAUCCUCGACACUGUUGCACCACCAGGAGGCACUGCGGAAACAGCAAAAUAGCAAGGAUCUAGAUCCGAAUGAGUGCGCCGGAUGUACCCAACAGCUGAAGGAAGGUCAGGCGUUGAUUGCCCUGGAUCGGCAGUGGCACAUCUGGUGCUUCAAAUGCAACGCCUGCGGCGUAACACUGAACGGCGAAUACAUGGGCAAGGAUGGAGUGCCCUAUUGUGAAAAAGAUUUUCAAAAGUCAUUCGGGGUCAAAUGUGCCUACUGUAAGCGAUACAUUAGCGGAAAGGUGCUGCAGGCCGGCGAUAAUCAUCAUUUCCAUCCAACGUGCGCACGAUGCACAAAGUGCGGCGAUCCGUUCGGGGACGGGGAAGAAAUGUAUUUGCAGGGCGGUGCAAUAUGGCACCCACGGUGCGGUCCCGGACCAUCUUCUGAGUCCGGGAUUCUGAACGGGGUCGAGACGAACGGGUUCAACACGGAGACCGAAUUCGAUCGGACCAGUACCAGUGCAAUGAGUGAGAUUCAGUUUUCGUUACGUUCACAAACACCAAGUUUGAGUGGUUCUGUUUAUAGUCCUUACACGCAUAGAAAGUUCCACCGCACCACAAGCCCCGGUUUAAUUUUAAGAGAGUACAAUCGUCAAGGUUACGAGGAUAUCGCUCGUAUUUACACCUACAGCUACCUAACGGAUGAACCUCACUAUCUGAAGAAAACGAUCGAGCCGUACGACAAGGCACCGGUGUCACCGCAUUUCCAUCGUCCGCAUCAGUACGCUAGCGGAACGCGAUCCACGUCCGGGUCUCGAUCUCACUCGCGGAGUCGCAGUGCAAUGAAAGUGCUGGUAGAUAGCAUCCGAUCGGAAACGCCACGCCCCAAAAGCCCCGGCAUGAAUAACGAGGAACCGAUCGAGCUAAGUCACUAUCCGGGCGGGAAGAAGCCGCUGCCGGGCGAAAAACCAAAGAUUGAGCGGGAUGAUUUUCCAGCGCCACCCUAUCCAUACACCGAUCCGGAACGACGGCGACGUUAUUCGGACACGUACAAACACAUUGAAUCCGAUGACGAGGUGGAUCAUCAGCAGGUAAAGAGCAAAGAGAAUAAGGAGAAUCAGACUGAAAGACGCCUUCGAAAGGAGGAGGAAGAGUUGAGUAAGCUGAAAUCGUCCGGUAUGGGAAAGGUUAUCCUAAAGGACCUUCAGGAGCAUAAAAAGUACGAAACCUGGAAACGGGAGAACCUCGAUCCACGGAAUGCGUCGCGCACCCCGUCGGCAUCGAAGGAACCGAACUACCGACUGCGCUACGAAUCCCCAGUCGGUGCUUCGCCGUCCCGAAAUCUCGAUCAUCAACGACCGUACGAGGAGGAGUACUUUGAUCGUUCUACAAGCUACCGCGGCUCCGUGGGUCGAGCAAUCGGAAAUGCUCCCAGUUAUAAUGCCAUCCACUCGUAUAGGUCACCUCCGAAGCCGGGAUACGGAUUCAAAACAUCGACGCUACCACCUUCGUCGCUGAGAAAUGGUUACAGCUCUGAUUUCUCGUUCGGUGGACUCGGAGAUAAGACCCACAGCACGGAGUUCAGCUGUGGCAAGAGCGACAUUUCAGUCGAUUCAAUAACGGAAGGUGACCGGCGUGCUCUCGGAGCGGACAUUCCUGCCUCCAGUACCUAUUCCGGUGCCCUGUCCUACCAUUAUCCGCAGCAGCCGAUCCGGCGCAGCUUGCCCAAUAUGGCACACUCGAUGCUGGUGCACGAGCCGGCAAAAAUCUAUCCCUAUCAUCUGCUGUUGAUCACCAAUUACCGUCUGCCGUCGGAUGUGGAUCGCUGCAACUUGGAGCGUCACCUUUCGGACGUAGAGUUCGAUGUAAUCCUUCAGUGCACCAGACCAGAAUUUUAUCGUAUGCCCCAGUGGAGACGCAACGAAAUUAAGAGACGAGCCCGUCUAUUUUAAAAAUCGAAACAGAACGCAUCGGAUCGGUAUUGUGCUCUUGGCACCCGAGGACUAACAAUUCACUACACAACGUACUAUUUUUUUAAUUUUUCUUUUCGAAGAAAUAAUUACCUUUAAUCAGAAAAAAACUAUUCAUCUUUAACAGUGCUAGGAGCAGAUUCAACUGACAAGGAUCAAUAAAAAACGUCGAGUCAUCUUUCUUUUCUUAUAUUGUUUAUCGAAUUGACUAUUAGUACACCAUAAGGAGAAACUUAACGAGAGAAGAUUAAAUUAUUUGGACGAGGCGAACGCGAAGAGCACAUAUUUAUGUAACAUGUAACUAAAACAAAAAAAUCUUGCUUUCGCUUCAGACGCUAUAAUACUGUAAUGGCAAACAAUUGAAACAACAAACAAAACAAAUAAUUAAAAAAAACUAUAUUUUAAUCCUAAGCGUAUUUGAUACAUAUGUAAGAGGAUUGGAAAAACUAAAGAUGGAAUAAAUCUAAUAAGUAGAAGGGAAUACAAAUUGCAUUUAUGAAUGAAAGUUUUUGGCGCUGAUUUUUUUCCUUUGGUAUAGAUUUGUUAGUAAUGAUAUGGUAAACUUGAGGUUAAAAAAUAAGGAAGUGCAACCAAAACACAUUUUGCGAAAGGCAAAUGUGUUGAAUGCUUUUCUAAGACUUAUGUCAAUACACCAUAGAGGAAAAAUAGUCAAAGCCAAUGCUGAAAGCACACAUGAAAUCAUGCGUAAUAAGACAGACAUAAAACAGCCUUGGUAGAGACAGCGUAAAUUGGUAAAAUUUAAUCUGCUUUCGAUUAUUUAUAAUAGGAAUUAUUUAUAAAGUCCGAUUCACACAUUCAUAUCCGUUUUGAGGUGCUGCAGGGCUGUUAUGAAUACGGUACAUCGAGGGUGCAUAAUAAUAUUAGUAAUUCGAUUCUGCGCUUUAUAUCAAUACUAGCUAACUCGUUGGAGCUCUUACAAGAAAAGCUUACAUCACAUCUGCAAUAUGUUUGACUAAAAUGUUGGUUUUCCAUUGUCGUUUUCCUAUUCUGACGCUAUACGCUUAACUAUCCCAUGUGCUAUAAGAAUUUCUAAUCACAUGCGACAAUUAUGCGUAUAGCGGCAGUGUUACCGUGAGUAUGAUUAUCUCCUUGAAAUCUUUUCCAAUAAUGUUUGAAGCCCUCCUUCCAAAAAAAUAUAUAGCCAAAUUGAAAUAUGCCCUUAUCGGAAUUGUAUACAUCAGCACCUCAAAAGAGAAACAUAGUUUCGUUCAAGUGCACUAUACUGCCGUUCUACGCCCAAUUGUCCCAUGUUGCAAAACUGGCAAUUGAGAAAAACGCGAUUGAAGAUGAAAAUUGUAUUAGCCAUCUGGAGGGAUACGGUGUAACAAAUAAAGCUUUAUUGUCCAAAAUUACGUUCAUGGCAAUCGUUUUCAAUAUAAUCAGCCCAGUUUUUUAUUAUAGAGAUUCAAUUAACGUUAGUUUUUAAGAAAAAUGUUAAGUGGGACUGUUAUGCCGAGAAAUCGAGCGGAGACCGGAAAGUUCUACGCAUAUCAGUCCCAUAACGAUCUAUGUAAAUGAUGCCCAUAACUCAUUUUUUUUACAAAAGUGUAUGUCGUGAGUUUUUCUGUUACUCGGGAGAUUUGUUGCUUCAUCAAAAUUGGAAAUAGGGUAAAGUACCUAUUUUUACUCUAUUUAGAAGGGUACCUCACAAGAUUAUUAAUUACUCUGCCUACACUCGAUGGAGUGCAUUAAUUUGGCAUUCACAACCUUGCUUCGUUCUUAAGAACCAAUCUAAUAACACAAAUGGCCUAAAAACGAUGAAAUGCUAGUGUUUGAUCGCAACUAAAGUUCCAAUCGAGUGCUCCAAUUGUCGCCCUACCAUUUGAUCCAAUUUGUUGAACAAAGAUAGCAAACGCUGCACUAACCAACGGCUUCAAAUGGGUAGCGUGAUAAUAGAAACAUUCCGAAAAUAGGCUCAUUAUCCUAGAUGCGUUCGCCAUGUUAUGCAAGCGACGAUAGUAAUGAAGAGCUUUACAGGAUUGUUCUCACUACUGUGAUUAAUAUUGCCACUGCCAUCUCUUUUUUAAUGAUCCUGUAUUUUUCCAUCAAUUUUUUCAGUGUCCGACAUCUAGCGUAAUGAACUUCUUAACUAAACGCUACGUAGUUAUUUUUUUAUUGCGCACUUUUUUGGGAUUUUUGUUAGUGGGACAAUUAUGCGUAGAAUAUUAACAAUGGGACAAACAGACUUGGUAUUUUUUCACGAAGUCUUCGAACAAACUUUAUGAAUUGGAUGUGUUUUCUGAAAAUAUACAUCAAAAAGGACUGUUUGAUUAAAAAAAGUGAAAAUGACCAAAAAGCAACAUGGGACAAUUAUGCGUAGAACGGCAGUAUAACAAGUCAGACUUUUCAGCUUUAUACGAACGAAAAUGUGAAUUGGAAAAUUGAUCUUGCAAAAACACCAAAACUAAUAUUCAACUAGAUCAACUACUAAAAAGCAAAAUCGUGAAUCGAUAAUAUAAACUUGUUUUGUACAAACUGAACGAAAAAAAAAACAACCUAGCGUCGGUGUGUGUGACUCAAACUGCUUUUGUGAUGUUAUACCUGGUAAGAUAAUUAACCUAAAUUCUGAAAUUGAUGACUGCCAUAGCGAGAAAUAAAAAAAAACAACAAUAAAACAAAAGCAUCACAAAAUGCUCGCAAACAAGUGACCACACCCUAACUUCCGCGCAUCACAAAUACCCAAACCGUGAGCGAUGAAGAUUUAGCCGUUUUUAGCAAUAGCUGCCGUCGGAAAGGGAAUGAACAUAAUAUUCAGAUGUUACGAAACAUUAAUAAAAUAUUUCAGGACAACUGUUAAAUGCAGAACCAAUCUUUAAUGAUAUUUUUCACUAUGUAAUAGCAUUAGAUUGUAGAAGCGUUCGCAUAAUGUCUGAACAGAAUUCAUUUGUUUGUUUGCCACCUUAAUCUAAUGGUAUUCUGAGAAGAUACCCCGCUGUCUUUACUCACAAAAACAAAACGAAAAAAAAAACUUGCAGAGAAAAGUACGUACUCCGCAAUCUGGGCAGCGAACUAGCGCAUAGAGUCGGAAAAGCUCGACAACAUUUAACUGCAUACGGUAAACACACACACACACAAUUAGGAGCCUUUCGCGGCAUAUUUUUGUGUUGAAAAUACAUAGAGCUAUUUAUUGGAAAUUA